AUGUUCUUGUUUCGUGUGAGAAGAAAUUUAUUUCCUACUCUUGUGUUUCAUCAUCAACCAAGAUGCCACGAAUGCACGUCAUUCCGAUCAUCAUUGGGAUUCAUCCUUCUCGAUAACUUCUCUCGUUCUAUUAUAUUGUUGAAAAAAUCAAAGCAGAAGAAUUGUUCACACUAUCAUAUUCAGCGUUUGUUUGACGAAAAACGUAAACACAAUGAUCCACUUCUCAAUGAGCUACAAGACAUGGUUAAACAGAGACCCAAUACCAUGACGGUGGAUCUAAUGCGAGAAGGGACAGAUGCAAUGGAAAAGCAAGAUUGGAACACAGCUUUACAGAUAUUUCGUAGAUAUGUAAACUGGAGUCGAGGAAAGAAGUUGAAUAGAGGACAACAAGAUAAAUUAAUUACCAGUUUUAGGAAUAUUUCAAUCAUUCAAAUGAGACAGAGAAAUUAUGUGGAUGCCAUUUUGGAGCUUAAUGCUGCCCUAAAUUUAGAGAAACGACAUCCCUCUCGAUUUGUCGACUUAAAAUUGUUACGAGCAGAGUGUUUUAUAGAGUUACAAGAUUUUGAAAAGGCAAAACGAGAUUGUGUCGAUGCAAUUGAGCUAUUUCAAAAAGGCAACAUGACAUGUGACACCAACAAGAUGUAUUAUUUCAUGGGAUUAUGUUUUUUUAAGGCUGAUCAUUUAUUGUCUGAGGCAAUUUCAAGCUUACAAAUUGCACUCGAUUCUUCAGAGUCUCACUCGUUUGAUCGACACAUUUAUCAAUUAUUAGGAGAAAUUUGUGUACGAUUGAAGAAGUAUCCAGACGCACAGCUAUAUUUCACGAAAGCAAUCCACAUGGUUGAGAAUGGUCCAUUUAAGAAUGAAUCCCUCAAUGUUUUUACUGAUUUGUAUUUGGCUCGAUCUCGAGUUUGGGCAGAAAUGCACGAAUUCGAGAAGUCCCUUCAAGAUUGUGACACUCUCACACAACGAGCUUCCACGGAACAACUUUCUCUACAAGUGGAUGAGGAGAUGAUGAAUACGUUGCAUUCUCGCAUUCAGGCACAGAAAGAACAAGUCCUGAAAAUUUCUUCUUCGCCUUUAACAUCUGAACAAUGA